AUGAAAAACAGAAAGUUCACAGUAGAAAACAACCAAGCAUUUGUUUCGACAGUCUCAGCAAUACGCACUAGAAAAGUAGUUUCCCCUACUGCAUGUGCAAGUUUGUGUACCAGUGAGGAUGAAUGUUGCAUCGCAAACUAUAAUAAAUCAACACAAGAAUGCCAUCUCAAUAGCUGUUGUUUUCCUGAUACAAGACCGUCGGAGAAUGAAAUUAUUAUAAGGAAAGUAGCCAAACCAAAUAUGGAUGAUAUAAAAACUAAACCAAUUGACUGUGGUGAUCUUUGCCAAGGAUCUAGGGAUGGAAUAUAUAGAAUAUUUCCUAAUGAUACUAACGAAGGAAUAGACGUUUACUGCGAAAUAGAAGAUGGAUGGACGGUCAUUCAACGAAGAGCAGAUGACUCUGAAGACUUUACUACCAGAAACUGGUCGGAAUAUAAGCAUGGGUUUGGAAUUCUUUCUGCAAAUUUUUGGCUCGGCAAUGACAAUAUUCACAAGAUCGUUGCUGGAACGAACCAUUUAUUGAGAGUAGAUAUGGAAGUAAGUGUUGAUAACAGUACGGCCUUCGCUCUUUACCAAAUUUUCAACAUUUCGGAUGAAAGCAGUAAUUACACAUUGACAAUUUCGAACUACAGUGGCAAUGCGAGUGAUGCCAUGGGAUAUCAUAACAACAUGCAGUUUUCUACGUUCGAUAGAAGGAGUAGUAAUACUUGCAGGGGUGGAUGGUGGUACGGAAUGAACAGAUGUGACCGUGUCAUUCUUUCCGGUUUAUACUCAAAUUUAUACUGGGAUAAAAAACUGUAUAUUUCACCUUUGAAAUUUGUAUCUAUGAAAAUAAAACGCCCAUAA